GUCAAGGUACCUUCCAUCAACUCGCUCAGCUGAGCAGAGGCUCUUUAUAUACAAAACGCAAUAUUCAAUAGAACUUUCUUCUAAACAGCCAAGACCAGUUGUUACGUACUUUGACCUCCUUUUUACAAGCUGCUUGCCCGCAACAUCCCCGCGCUGGCCAAGAAAACUGUUAAGAGGUACCUCGUGACCUGGAAGCCAAGAAGCUGUUUGUCACUCUUACCCCACUCUGGUCCACGCGCGUCAUCCUAUUCCCUGUCCACUCAUUGGUCAGCCUCGGCCAGGCCGCUGAUGGUCGGUAGCCUCGCGCGAUCGGGUAACGCGAUAAGAUGCGGCCUGUCAAUACAGCAGCCCCUGCUUAAAAAGAACAAUAAUUACACCAUCAUCUGUUGCCAGCAAACGGCUUCCCAGAGAUCCACACUUCCAAUGACAGCCUUAUUUGUUUUUCGGUGAUACAAGCCUCAGAAGCUGCGGGCAGAUGGCUCUUUUACAACAUCAAACAUGGCGGCCAAUUACUGGGAAUCGACCCAGCGGCGGUACUGGCAGUUUACCAAGGAGGAGCUGGCUGCGAUGCGACAGAAGCUUGAGGAUGAGGACCCGAAUCUUGUCCACAUGUAUCCUCUGCCGCAAUUGCGUCACAUUAAUAUCUACUUAAACCAACAGUUCAACCGUCUUGCCAAGCGCCUCGGUGUACGUCAACAAGCACUGGCAACUGCUCAAGUCUACCUCAAACGAUUCUACACCCGCGUCGAGAUCCGCCGUACGAACCCCUACCUUCUCGUAGCCACCGCCCUUUACCUCGCCUGCAAAAUGGAGGAAUGCCCACAGCACAUCCGGCUCAUCGUCCAAGAAGCUAGAGGUCUAUGGCCAGAAACCUUCCAUGGUCAAGACACCUCGAAACUGGGCGAGUGCGAGUUCUUUCUCAUCUCCGAGAUGAGCUCCCAGUUGAUCGUCCACCAGCCCUACCGCACACUGACCCAACUCCAAGGAGAAUUCAAUCUAACGCCAGAGGAGUCACAAGCGGCAUGGCAGGCCAUCAACGACCACUACAUGACCGACCUCCCCCUUCUAUACCCACCGCACAUCAUCGGGCUGACAGCCAUCUUGCUGGCGAUAACAUGUUACAAUCGCCAAAACGCAGCUGGAGGGGCCAAUGCCGCGGGGAACAGUGGAGGGUUGGUAAUGGCGGCUAAUGCUCUAGCACAUGCCCAAGCACAAUCACAAGCCCGGGCCGCGGCGAUGGGAGGCAACAGCGGACCGGGAACGCCAAACCUGACUCCUCAAGGGUCCUUCGCUGGGGGAAACUUCUCCUCUCAGGGGGGUAGAGAGCUCGGGGACGGGUCCAACCCCACUGACCCCAAGAUUGCCAAAAUGCAGCGGUUUACAAACUGGCUUGCGGAGAGCAAUAUUGAUAUUGAGGGGAUGAUUGACUGCACACAGGAGAUCAUCUCGUUUUAUGACUGCCAUGAGCAGUAUGAGGAUUUGGUUGUGAGGGAUAAUAUUAAGAGGUUUAUCAAGGCGAGGGGCCUUGAUAAGUGACCAGCUGCUCACGACAAACCUUGUUCCUCACGGGAAAGGAUCUGGUGGACGAUAUCAGGGUUUUCUUCAGAUGGAGAGUCGCAAAAGCCCCUCUGCUUUUUCUCUCCAGGAUAAUCACGAAGCAUCGUCGAACCAAAACCGGAGGCACGUGCUUUGUUUUUAGAGGCCAUGCGAGUUGACGAUAUUAUCUAGCUGGGUAUUUGUACCGACUCGAUUCUUAUUGCCAUUCAGCGCCUAUUCUUUGCAUGGCCUAGAUGCCCGCCUUCGCUCAGCCAUAUUAAGCCGAGGAGACUCAACAUUUCAUGACUUUGUCCUUUCUCUUGAGUAUUGAAUCAGUUCUCGCUUUCCUCCUGCCCAGCACUUGGGAUAUCCCCCUCUGUUGCGCUAUUCGUUCCUGAGGGGCCCGGUUGAGGAGUGUCGGCGUCGGGUUCUUCCGCAAAAGUCAAUGUGAUGGUCGGGUGACGGCGGCCUUGGACAUGUGUGGUGAGAACACAUAUGGGUCUGUCGGAUAUAGCUUGGUACAGGGCAGUGGGGGAUCCAUAGGGGGUUCAUGAAUUUGCGGCAGUGAAGGCAUGUCUUUUGUUCUUGUUGUCUGGCGAGCGCGCGACUGAAGCAUUCCUCUGGUAAGAGAGGUGUUAGUGGUUGGUUGUGAGAGUGCUUGUGAGUGAGGGGACAUACCAUGGAACCAGCACCCGCAGCUGAUGACGGUUUCGCGGUCCCAGUGGGAGGGUGUGAUUUUGUCUAAACAGAUCAAACAUCUUCUUGAAUCUGGAGGGAGGGGGAAGUUGAAGAUUUUUUUUGGCGGGUUUCAUAUCCGAGGGGGAUGGUUGUGAGGGUGGUUGUGAAAGUGAGAUUGGGGGGGGAGGUGGGGGGUGAACUCAUUUUGCGUGCGCUUGAUGUCAUAUGGGGUUGGGGUUGGGUGAAGGUGGUGAUGGAUGAUGAAGUGGUCGACGUAGUAGAUGGGCGGGUGUACUGACAGAGAAUAGGUUCUGUCAACCGGAGGAGUGUGCUUAAAAAAAAGACCUCUCUUCAGCCACCAACCAUGAAAGUUCGUCUUGCACACAAGAAGACUUUAUCUCCUCGCUGUACAUGCCACGAGCUCACCACCAAGCAACAACCACCAUAACACCCCAAAAUGAAGAACUUGUCGAGCUACUCAUCCCUUUUAUACUCCCUCUACCUCCUGGUGAGAAUAGUCGUGGCCUAUUGCACAGCUGAUAUCCCUCCCGUCGUUGUCAACAACACACCCGAACCAUUCACACCCCAAUAUGGAGAACUUGUCAAGCUAUUCUUCGCUUUUAUACUCUUUC